AUGGUAAACAUCACCAGACCUCAUUCGAAAGCUCCCAGCAUGGCCAACGAAGCUCCCGCUCAGCCCCGUCCACGGCUCCGAGUCAAGAAGCAGCCGCCGCAGAAAAGCAUCGACCAGUUCUGGGACAAGUUUACGACGAAGCAUCCGGGCAAGGUCUUUACCAUCCUCCCCGACAACCUCUAUGCGAAGCGCGCUGCAGCAUAUGCGCCCAAGGGCUCCAUUCCCGGCCAAAAUGCGCUCGCAUCCUACCAAGAGGCCGCCGAUGCCUGCAAGAAGAAGGUCGAGAAGAUCGUCAAAGAGUGCCGACGGCUGAACCAGAAGUACCGCGACCCGCAUUUCGACAUUGAAGCCGAUAUCAAGCGAUCGCAACAGAAUCCAGAUAUCCCACCCGACUGCCUGACUGCGCUGAACGAGGAUACGACCGCGUUCCAGCCCAUGUCGGUCAAGAGAAUUGAGGACAUCUUCGACAAACCCCGUUUCUUCAUCGAAGGCGCGACCGCAAAUGACGUUCGACAAGGCAAUGAUGGCGACUGCUGGUUCAUGUCGGCGCUGGCCACGAUAAGCAAUAAGGAGGGGUUAAUACAGAGGGUCUGCGUCGCGCGCGACGAGCAGGUUGGCGUCUACGGCUUCGUGUUCCACAGAGACGGAGAGUGGAUCUCGGAAGUCAUCGACGAUAAGCUGUACCUGAUCAAGGAGGACUUUGACGAAGCCACGCUCGGGCGACACCAGUGGCUAGAGCUACAGAACCGGAAAAGCCCGGAGGAGGAAUACCGCACGGUGAUGCAGACAGGGUCCAGGGCGCUCUACUUUGCACAGUGCAGCGACCCGAAUGAGACCUGGCUGCCACUAUUGGAGAAAGCCUACGCCAAGGCGCAUGGCGAUUACUCCGCUAUUGAUGGAGGCUUCGUCGGUGAGGGUAUCGAGGACCUCACUGGCGGUGUCACAUCGGAGGUCUUUGCGACAGACAUUCUCGACAAGGAGAAAUUCUGGCGCGAAGAGCUCCUCAACGUCAACAAGACGUUCCUUUUCGGAUGCGGCCAGAUGGGCGGCAUCUACGGCCAACGGAAGGGCAUUCAAGAGAAGCAUGCCUAUUCUAUCAUGGAAGCCCGUGAGAUCGAUGGCCAGCGCUUGCUCAAGCUCCGCAAUCCUUGGGGUCGGACCGAAUGGACGGGCCGUUGGAGUGAUGGCUCUGAAGAAUGGACUGCCGAAUGGAUGCAGAAACUCAACCACAAAUUCGGCGACGACGGUGUCUUCUGGAUCUCGUACCGCGAUCUCCUACGACAUUAUCAGCACUUCGACAGGACAAGGCUGUUCGGACCCGAGUGGACCGUCUCCCAGCAAUGGACCAGCGUGAACGUACCAUGGUCGGUUGAUUAUCUGGAUACGAAGUUUAAAAUCCACCUUUCCAAGCCUAGCCCUGUUGUCAUCGUCUUAAGUCAGCUAGACGAUCGCUACUUCCUCGGCCUGGAAGGGCAGUACGAGUUCCAGCUACAAUUCCGCCUCCACAAGGACGACGAGGAGGAGUACAUCGUUCGUAGCAACACCGCCUACUUCAUGAAGCGUUCCGUCUCCACCGAGCUCGAUCUUGAGGCAGGCAAUUACACCGUCCUUUUAAAGAUCAAGGCAAUCAGGCUGCCCAAUCCUACACCAGAAGAGGUCAUUCGCGCGACGUGCACCAAACGACGCGAGAAACUGCUCUCAAUCGGACUCUCGUAUGACCUCGCUCAUGCGAAGGGACAGUUCCGAGCGCAACAGAAGGAAAAGGAACGCCGCGAGCGCGAGCAGAAGAUCGAGCGCAAGAAAGCCGAAAUGAAACACUCCCAUGAGCAGCGACAGAAACUUCGUCGGAAGGCCAAGCUCCGCGAGGAGAGGAAGAAGGACAAGCGUUCCCACAAGAAGCCGAGGAGUGGCGAUCUCAGGGAAGUCCAGAAGAAACUAGAAGACCUCACCGGCCUCGGCAUCAACGUUGAAGAAGAGGCUCGCCACGCCUCUGGCGACGAAGAAGGCAAGCCGAUGCACCCAUCCGUAGCCAGGCACCAGAGGGCAGCGAGCACCGGAGCGGUCGAAGGUGGCGAACGCUCUUCAAGCCCGAGCGGUGGUUUUGGUGGCAGAGGCGGCUACCAGCGAGGACGAGAUGGUUACAACGCCGGCCCAGUCCAAGGCCCAGUCCAAGGCCGUGGCGGAUACAACCGCGAUGCUGGUCAAGGAUUGAGUAUGGCUGAGGCUCUUGGUCUUCAACAACAGCGGUCCUCUAGCCCGAGCAGUGGCUUUGGUGGAAAGGGAGGUUAUCAAGGACGUGGUGGUUACAACGCUGAGGCGUUCCAAGGUCGCGGCGGCUACCAAGCCGACGGGUUCCAAGGACGCGAUGGAUACAACGGCCGAGAUGGCUACAACGGUCGCGACGGCUACAAUGGACGCGACGGAUAUAAUGGAGGUCGCGAUGGCUACAAUGAGGGCGGCCAAACCGAUUCGCCCGUCCCCACUCCCAUGACCGACGAGUUCCGGCCCGGUACUCCCUCGCAGCGCCCGUACAGCCCGCGACCUGAUCGUCGUCCCACGCAGCCAUCACCUACUCCUUCGCGCCGAGCGACCUUAUCUCCCAUCCCUGGCGUGAGGCCCGGCAUCCAGGUUACCCGCGGCCGCGGCACAAGUGUCUGCUCCCAUCGCGCACGCCACGGUGUCUACUCCGACCUCUCCGACUCUUCUUGGGACUCCGAGCUCGACGGCCCCGACUCAUGCGACACCGACCUGGAAGACUCCGAAGACGAUAUGCCACGCUUCUACGAGCAGCGCGGCCGUGCCCGUUACGAAGAAGAGGAAGAUGAGUUCGAGCGCGAUCCCUGGAACGCUGUGUGUGUUCUCGGUCUCCGUGUCUUCUCCAAGGACACCGAUGUCACGAUCGAGGUGCACAACGGAGAGGGAGAAAGGAAGAAGCCAGAGGGUGAUGAUAGCUCCGUGAUUAGCAUGCCGGUCGCAAGAAAGGAGAAGGAGCUCGACGUCGAUGAUAGCGCGGCGGAUGCUACGAGCCCGUUGAGGACGAGGGGGAAUUUGGAAUCCAUACUUGCGGAGCGGGUGAAGUUGGUAGGAAAUGCGCCGGCGGGGAGGGAGAGGGACCGCCAGGGUACGCUUUCCUAA